CACUGAUAAAAGUUUUCAUUUACUGUAGAUCAUAACAUCUCUGUGCAGACACACAACCUGACCUUAACAUUCUCAUUCAGAUGUUUAAUUCCUGAUGGAUUUUUUUCUCACCGGAGUCAUGUGGAGUAAGUACCGGAUUGUCAUUCAGGAUGUUCAGCCCCAGACUUCCAACUGGAUUGAUAACAAAUAUUUAAAAGAUUUAUUAAAAUGACAGGGAAAUAGCAAGAAUUACUCUUUGGUAUCACAAAAAAGUAAGAAUGAAAAGAAAAGAAAGGAUUUAUAUUUGGAGGGGGGCUGAUCCUUAUCAGUCUGAUCCAGACUGUGUCAAACUGCCCACCAUUAUCACAUUAUUAAUGACAACAGAGUCAAAGACAACAGAACGGAAAAUAUACUUUGGUCAAACAUAAUAACACAAGAUGAAAAGAUAGAGCACAUUUCACACCACUUCCAGACGUGGUCUGUAAUUUCUCAGCUGAACAAUUUCAGUAGUUAAACUUAGACACUCGGAGUGCUGCCCAGUAAAUCAUUCUGACACCUCCAAUGGCUACAAUAUGUGCUGCUCAGUUUGUUUUGUGGAAGGAAGGCUAGCUUUGUUCACCACAGUGACUUGCUGAGCUACAGAAGAGAAAGAUGGAUGAGAAGCAUUCAUCACAAUAGAGGAAAAGAUGUUAUUAGAGUAGAAUCACUGUACUUAUCUGGAUUUGUGGUGAGGAAAUGAAGUCUCACACUACAGUUUUUGCUUACAGUAACUAAAUAAAUUUACUAUUUACCUUGGCUACUGUUGAAGUUCUAUAUUCACAGAAUUUCUAUAAACUGAAUUUCAAACAUUUGAGGUGUUAGUAGCUGUUGAGCUUAACAUUGUUAAGAAGAAAUUUGACAUCAGAGACAAUGAAACUCUUGUGCCUCUCAGAGAGAUUGAUCAAAUCGAAUACCAGGAAGAUAUGAUUUAGAAUGCAUUGUCUAAGAAGGCUUGAAAGUCAAUAUUUGGUAUGACCAUGCUGUUUCUUUAACAGUCUUAACCCUCUUUCUUGUCAUUUCUACAAGUAGUCUUCAGGAAAAUAGUUCUCCAGGCUUCUUGAAGGAUGUCUCACAACUCUUAUUUGGAUGAUGAUGAUCUCACGUUGCUUCAGUAAUGUUGAGGUCCAGGCUCUAGGGAGAAUCAAUCACUCCAUAAGAUCUGUUGCCACUGACCUUGAGUUCAGUUCUCACGUUAUUUGGCAUUUUUUCUGUUUUCCCCUUACUCUUUAAUGUUGUUUGUAUCAUAUUUGAUACGUACUGUUUCUCAGACCUUUUGCAUCACUUUGUGGUGAAAACUUUGCCGAAAACCUUGUUGUGUAAAAUUUGAUAUGUGUCUUCUGCCCCCUAGUGGAUAUGAUUUGCACUACAAUGGUGUUUACAUCACAAAAUAAUAAACAAUCAGCUUCAUAUGGGUACAGUUUGUGGCGAUUUUGAGGUCAUGGCCAGUUACUGAGAACGUCCCACACCCAUGACCACAAACUUGGAUGGAACAUUGUCUACUUUAGACUGUGAUGCCGAGCCCAGAAAAAAAAAAAAAAAAAAAAAAAGAGUAAAAACCAAACAAAAAACAAGAGCUUCAUUCUGCUGUGUGUCAGAUGCUUACAGAGUAGAAACACUGGGCUGUUUCCUGUAGGGGGAGCUCAGGUUCACAAACACUAGAUUAGGCUGUAGUGAUUCCCAGGAGAUUAUUCAGACAGCCUCUAAAAACAGCUCUUCACUGCUCAGAGAGCAGAAGCAGAGGGACACUUGCUGUGGAGGGUUCAGCUACCUGUUGCUCGUCAUGACUGCAGUGUAUCGGAUACUUCUCCUGCUCUCUGUGGCUGUGGCCUCUGUGGCAGCACACAGUUCCCAGCGGAAAAAAAGAGGUUUACUUGAGCUGGCAGGAGCCAUUAAAUGCAGCACGGGGAGAUCCGCUUUGGCUUACAUGAUGUAUGGAUGCUACUGUGGGCUGGGGGGUCAAGGCUGGCCCAGAGACAAGGCAGACUGGUGUUGUCACAAGCAUGACUGCUGUUACGGAGAUGCAGAACUUCUUGGCUGCCAAACUAAAACGCACCAGUAUGAAUGGACGUGCGAGGACAGGAAAGCAGAGUGUGAUGACCUGAAGGACGAAUGUGAGAAGCUGCUGUGCAAGUGUGACAGAGAGGCAGCCAAGUGUUUGAGAAAAGCACCUUUCAUCCAGAAAUAUGCCCUAUGGCCAGAUUUCCUUUGUGGUUAUGAUCACCCAAUGUGUAGUAUUUAUUGAGACAAUCAAUGCAUAUUUACAUCUUGUGUGCCUUUUGUUAUGUAUAUAAAAAAGAUAAGAUGCUAUAGUAAUAUUCUCACUAUCUGUUGUUUAUUAACAAUAUUUUUAAUUACUAUUAUA